UUGGACCUCGCUCGUUUGAGAAGCCGGCCGCCCGCAAAAAUCUUCGAGUUUCACGCGUUCUCGCGGCCUCACGUAUUCCGUAAGCGGGUUGCGUGAUUUCACGACGAAUUCGUAGAUCUGUUGCGGUCAAUCUAAUCAAGAUUCGGGUCCGGAAUGCAUUAGGUGUACUUUUUUCCUCGCGCAUUCGUAACUGGGUGAGUGGAGGAGAUAAAAUAACUAGCUCUUAUAACUUUUUGAUAGACAACGGUGAAAACAUAGCAAUCAACAAAACAAAUAGUAAUAGUGAUAUAUCGGAGAGAAUGGCAUUACCUAGUAGAGCGCGAGUUUACACCGAUGUAAAUUCACAUAAAUCUAGAGAUUACUGGGACUAUGAAUCCUAUGUUGUUAAUUGGGGGCAACAAGACGAUUACCAGUUAGUGAGAAAAUUAGGCAGAGGAAAAUACAGUGAAGUGUUCGAAGCUAUUAAUGUCACAAAUAACGAGAAAUGUGUUGUAAAAAUUUUAAAGCCUGUAAAAAAGAAGAAGAUAAAAAGGGAGAUUAAAAUCUUAGAAAAUCUUAAAGGUGGGACCAACAUAAUUACACUCCAAGCAGUUGUUAAAGAUCCAGUAUCGAGGACACCGGCACUGAUCUUUGAGCACGUCAACAACACAGAUUUCAAGCAAUUAUACCAGACGCUAACAGACUACGACAUAAGAUACUACCUCUACGAGUUAUUAAAAGCAUUGGAUUAUUGUCAUAGUAUGGGAAUAAUGCAUAGGGACGUCAAACCGCACAACGUUAUGAUCGAUCAUGAUAAUCGAAAGUUGCGGUUAAUCGACUGGGGUCUAGCAGAGUUUUAUCAUCCUGGUCAAGAAUACAAUGUACGAGUAGCUUCGCGUUAUUUUAAAGGUCCAGAACUACUCGUAGAUUACCAGAUGUACGAUUAUUCAUUAGAUAUGUGGUCUCUUGGGUGCAUGCUCGCAAGUAUGAUAUUCAGGAAAGAACCGUUUUUUCACGGACACGAUAAUUAUGACCAACUAGUUAGAAUCGCGAAAGUUCUUGGGACAGAAGAACUGUUCGAAUAUCUUGACAAGUAUCACAUCGAAUUGGAUCCACGUUUCAAUGACAUACUAGGCCGACAUUCGCGCAAACGCUGGGAGCGUUUCAUGCAUUCGGAGAACCAACAUUUGGUGUCAGCCGAAAGCCUCGAUUUUCUUGACAAACUUUUGCGCUAUGACCAUUUUGAGAGACUCACUGCUCGCGAAGCCAUGGAACAUCCUUAUUUUUAUCCGAUAGUAAAAGACCAAGGUCGAUUAAACAUGGCAUCAUCGUCACCUACUCCCAUGACAAGUUCGUUACCUGCAGGUAUCGACACCCCGCGCAACCGGCUUGAUCUCAUCACCCCUAAGAAACUGAAGGAGAAACUCAAGAUGACGGAGGAAUGGGCUCUGUAUUCCGAUUUCACGUACGAUAUAGAAUUCGAAAAGUGAUCCUUCCAUUCCACCUCGGCUCGCAAACAUAAGAAGACAUGUACUUCCUACGAUGGUGGACCACUGUUUACGCGAAUGGCAAUUAUAUUUCAAGCGAUACAUAAAGUUCUACGUUUUAGACAUUCCUUAUUCUACAGCUUGGGAAUCACUUAAGAAUAAAAGAAAAGAAAAAAAAAUAAAUACAGAUUUUGCGUCUGAUGUAAUCGAAAUGUAAUCUACCGUGUACGGUUUAAAGUCGUAACAGAAAAUGGAAGAAGACGAUGACGAAGACGAAGACGAAGACGAAGACGAAGACGAAGA